UUUUUUCAGUUUCCGGAGAGGAGGACAGGUGUAGGGAGGUUUUCCUUCCCGGGCGAAGAGGCUCUGCGGAACUGUCGUUGCCCGGAACUGGGUAGUUGCUGCCCAGCGGAGCUCUCAGAGCGAACACCCCGGGGCAAGAUGGCGGUCGGGCCUCGGCCGCUGCCCCGGGUCUGGCAGAGCUUGGGGGUAUUAGGCUGAGGCUGCGGUGGCUGUGGCGCCAACCCCGUGCGCGGGGGCCUCGAACAGACCCCUCCUCUGAAGUGAGAAGCUGCCGUCCGCUGUGCGUCCUGUGCGAGAUCACUGAUGAUUACCUGGCGUUUCUGCGUCGCGGGCGGGGCCUCAGGGUUUGUGCACGUUUGCAAACAUGUUCACCGUUUCUCAGACCUCGAGAGCAUGGUUCAUCGAUAGGGCCCGUCAGGCUCGUGAGGAAAGACUUGUGCAGAAGGAGCGGGAGCGAGCUGCUGUAGGCAUUCAGGCCCACGUGCGGAGUUUUCUCUGUCGCCGUCGACUGCGGAGAGAAAUCAGGAGAGAGAUCGAUGAGUUUUUCACAGCAGAUGACUCGGGGUCCAGUAAAAGAAGUGCACUUUGUAUUUUUAAGAUUGCCAGGAAACUGCUGUUCUUGUUCAGAAUCAAAGAGGAUAAUGAGAGAUUUGAGAAGUUGUGUCGCUGUAUCCUGAGCAGCAUGGAUGCUGAGAAUGAACCCAAGGUGUGGUAUGUGUCCCUGGCACUUUCCAAAGAUCUCACCCUCCUGUGGAUCAAACAGAUCAAAGACAUUCUGUGGUAUUGCUGUGAGUUUCUUAAGCAGCUCAAGCCUGAAAUUUUACAAGACUCCAGACUCAUCACGCUGUACCUCACAAUGCUUGUCACCUUCACAGACACUUCAACGUGGAAAAUUCUCCGGGGAAAAGGAGAGAGUCUUCGACCAGCCCUGAACCACAUCUGUGCAAAUAUAAUGGGACAUCUCAACCAGCGUGGAUUUUAUUCUGUGCUGCAGAUAUUGCUGACCCGUGGCCUGGCGAGACCCCGGCCUUGUCUGUCCAAAGGCACUUUGACUGCAGCCUUUUCGCUAGCGCUGCGCCCUGUGAUUGCUGCAGAAUUUUCAGACAAUCUGAUUCGGCCAUUCCUCAUCCACAUCAUGUCUGUGCCUGCUCUCGUGACUCAUCUCAGCACAGUGACCCCUGAGCGCCUCACUGUUUUAGAAUCUCAUGACAUGCUUCGUAAAUUCAUCACAUUUUUAAGAGAUGAAGACCGAUGCCGUGACGUAUGUGAAAGUUUAGAAGGAUGCCAUACGCUUUGUCUAAUGGGCAACCUCCUGCACUUGGGCUCCCUCAGCCCCCGAGUGUUAGAGGAGGAGACAGACGGGUUUGUGAGUUUGCUCACCCAGAUGCUGUGCUACUGUCAGAAGUAUGUGUCCCAGAAGAAAUCCAACCUGACCCACUGGCACCCUGUCCUGGGCUGGUUCUCCCAAUCCGUGGACUAUGGGCUUAACGAGUCAAUGCCCUUGAUCACCAAACAGCUGCAGUUCCUGUGGGGGGUGCCUCUGAUCCGGAUCUUCUUCAGUGACAUCCUGAGCAAGAAGCUGCUGGAGAGCCAGGAGCCAGCCCAUGUGCAGCCGGCCUCCCCGCAGAACGUGCUUCCUGUGAAGAAUCUCCUAAAGCGUGCAUUUCAGAAGUCUGCAUCCGUUCGGAAUAUUCUCAGGCCUGUCGGGGGUAAACGCGUUGACUCUGCGGAGGUGCAGAAGGUUUGCAACAUCUGCGUCCUCUACCAGACCUCGCUGACAACGCUAACCCAGAUCCGGCUGCAGAUUCUCACAGGUCUCACUUACCUUGAUGACCUGCUGCCCAAACUGUGGGCAUUUAUCUGUGAGCUGGGGCCCCACGGAGGGUUAAAGCUCUUCUUGGAAUGCCUCAACAAUGACACUGAAGAGUCUAAGCAGCUCUUGGCCAUGCUGAUGCUGUUCUGUGGCUGUUCCCGGCACCUCAUCACGAUCCUUGAUGACAUUGAAGUUUAUGAAGAACAAAUUUCAUUCAAACUGGAAGAGCUGGUCACCAUCUCCUCUUUUCUGAAUUCCUUUGUGUUUAAGAUGAUCUGGGAUGGAAUCGUAGAGAAUGCCAAGGGCGAGACCUUGGAGCUCUUCCAGUCCGUCCACGGCUGGCUGAUGGUGCUGUAUGAGCGGGACUGCCGGCGGCGCUUCGCCCCCGAUGACCACUGGCUGCGAAAGGAUCUCAAACCUAGUGUGCUCUUCCAAGAACUCGACAAGGACCGAAAGCGGGCGCAGCUGAUCCUGCAGUACAUCCCUCACGUCAUUCCUCACAAAAACAGAGUUCUCCUGUUCCGAAACAUGGUUACCAAGGAGAAGGAGAAACUGGGCCUUGUGGAAACCAGCUCGGCCUCCCCUCAUGUCAUUCACAUUACCAUCCGACGGUCCCGGAUGCUGGAGGAUGGCUACGAGCAGCUUCGGCAGCUCUCCCAACACGCCAUGAAGGGCGUGAUCCGCGUGAAGUUUGUCAAUGACCUCGGGGUGGACGAGGCAGGGAUUGAUCAAGACGGCGUUUUCAAGGAGUUCUUGGAAGAGAUCAUCAAGAGGGUGUUCGAUCCGGCACUCAAUCUGUUCAAGACAACCAGUGGGGAUGAGAGACUCUACCCUUCGCCCACGUCCUACAUUCAUGAGAACUACCUGCAGCUCUUUGAGUUUGUGGGCAAGAUGCUGGGGAAGGCCGUGUAUGAGGGAAUUGUGGUGGAUGUGCCCUUCGCGUCCUUCUUCCUGAGCCAGCUGCUCGGGCACCACCACAGUGUCUUCUACAGUUCUGUGGACGAACUGCCCUCUCUGGACUCAGAGUUCUAUAAAAACCUCACUUCCAUUAAGCGCUACGAUGGGGACAUCUCUGACCUGGGCCUGACGCUGUCGUACGACGAGGAUGUGAUGGGUCAGCUGGUUUGCCAUGAACUGGUUCCUGGAGGGAAGACCAUCCCUGUUACCAAUGAAAAUAAAAUUAGCUACAUUCAUCUGAUGGCACAUUUUCGGAUGCACACUCAAAUCAAAAACCAGACAGCUGCCCUCAUUAGCGGAUUCCGUUCCAUUAUCAAACCCGAGUGGACCCGGAUGUUCUCCACCCCUGAGCUACAGCGUCUCAUCUCCGGUGACAAUGCUGAGAUUGAUCUGGAAGAUUUAAAGAAACACACAGUGUACUACGGCGGUUUUCAUGGAAGUCACAGGGUCAUUAUCUGGCUCUGGGAUAUUUUGGCCUCUGACUUCACGCCCGACGAGAGAGCAAUGUUUCUGAAGUUUGUGACCAGCUGCUCCAGGCCCCCACUCCUGGGAUUUGCCUACCUCAAGCCUCCGUUCUCCAUCCGCUGUGUCGAAGUGUCUGAUGACCAGGACACUGGGGACACCCUGGGCAGCGUCCUCCGGGGCUUCUUCACCAUCCGCAAGCGGGAGCCAGGCGGCCGUCUGCCCACCUCCUCCACCUGCUUCAACCUGCUCAAGCUGCCCAACUACAGCAAGAAGAGCGUCCUCCGGGAGAAGCUGCGCUACGCCAUCAGCAUGAACACGGGCUUCGAGCUCUCCUAGCUCCCGCCCCGGGCCUGCCCCCCUGCCCUUGCAGGCUCCCGGGCUACAGGGACCUUCAGCUCCAGGAGGCAGUGUUCCCUUGGGAGUGUGAUUGACAUGCCAAGUGACAGCGGCCCCCAGACCCUCUCUAUAGCCAUGAGACUCCCCUGUGGCCUCAAGAACUGUGGACGCACCUGACAACUCUACACAGCCUUCUCCAGGUGACACUAAUGGGAAGGGGGUGUUGAAAAUAAACCUCCAGAUCCUGCCAGCAUUGGUCCUGUUUCCUCCUUUCCAGUGGCCUGAAGCCCAGGCCGGGAGUGCAGAGGGCUUCUCUUCUCCAUAGUCGGGCCUUUUUGUGAGUCGUCUUCUUUCCUUAACUCUCUGAGAGAGCUGUGCAUGAACGAGUCCCAGGAACUCCAAGGCCCAGAGCAGUUUUCAUGACGUGGGCCUGAGAGCACGAAGCCUGCUGUGCGUGCAACUGCAACGCGCUCCUUCCAUUUCUGAAAACUCUACUCAGGUCAGGCCUUUCCAAGCCUCUAUGCACCCGACAGAGUCUCGGCCUCCACUCCGUCCACAGUGGCCUCGCUCCAGGCAGCCAGGCCCACCUACGCCCCAGGGAAGCAGAGCCGCCUGCUGGGGAGGCCGUGGGGCACAGGAAGUUCUGGGUGCUGCCCCCACCUCGAAGCCACCCGUUCCACAAGCGGCAGUGCCCCUUCUCAGAUACUCAGUCCUCGGCAGGCUGAGCUGCCAGGGGGCCUCCACUGGCUUGUUCCCACCUUGUGCAUUCACAUUGGCAUCCUGGGUUUGGAAGAAAAAACCUGUUGGCCCUGAAGAGCAGCUCCGUUUCCAGAAGGUGCUGGCUGUUAGUCAAAGCCUGCUGAUUCUUGAGGGGCCAGCUGCCUGUCCCCUGCUUGUUCGCCCUGCCUCUUAUCUAGUCAGGAACAAACACUAGUGGAAGGAGCCUCUCCCGUCGGGGAAGUGGCUUUACUCCGUAGUCGCAGAAGCCCGAGAACUUGGGGUCUUGCUCCUCGCCCUUCCUCAGCACAGGGGAUCUGGCAUCCCUUCCCGCUGCCGAACGCUCGUGCGGCUGAGGAAACUCACAUGCCCUCUGGGUUGGCUGUUUUUGUUUGUUUUGUUUUUACUUCAUUUUCUCUUCUAGCCCGUUUUACUCUUUUGCCCUUGUUCUUUACCUUUAUCAUGAGAACUUUACUCUAGAUCCAGGGAAUUGAGGCAAAGGCCAUGUUGGUGGUCUAUACUGACCGCCAUCCACCCUCGCCCACCUCCUCACCCUCCCUGUGCAUCCCCACCACCAAGACUGAAGCCAGAAUGGAAGCGGGGAGUGCCUGGUCCCUCCCCCGCUGUGUGUGCCAGCUUAGGGCUUACAGCUCUCUUCUCACCCCCUCCCCGCCCCCCCCCCCCCAGCAAGAACCUUCCUGUUGGCGGCAAGGAGGCCAAGGCCCAUCUCCAUCCUCCCCUAGAGGCUUUCAGCUGGGCACCAGUGUCCUGCCGCCUCCAAGCCUGGCUCUCUCAGAGCCCCUGGACUUCUGGAGAACAGUGUCCAUUUUACUUUGAUGGAAAGUUGGCAGGGCAUUUAAAGACAGACAGGAACUUAUUAUUAUUUAAGAUUCAUUAGUACCCUCUGAUUCCAUGGAUUUGCCCCUUCCCUUAAAUGCUCAGUUCCUCUGGAGAUCUCUUCUGAAGGUGUGUGUGUACCCUGAGCAGGUUUGUGCAUUUCCGCUGGGGCCUAAAUAGUUGUCAGCCUGCACGAGGGGGUUUGGUCCCAUCCUAGUUUUAUUACCUGAGAAUCGGCCAGCGUGGGAUUGGGGAGAGGGUGGGUUCUAAGCACCAACAUCAACUUUGGUUUUGGACGAGGAAGGGUAGUUUGUAAUUUUGUUUAAAUUCUUCUCUUCAACAGCUGGAAAUAUUGCACUAUCUAAAACACUGACUGUUCUUUUAUAGCUGGUGUUCACUGACACCUUGACGGCUCUUGAUGGCUCUAAAAAAUUGUGGGUUUUUUUGUUUUCAUAGAUAACUUAUGGAUUAAAACUUGCUAAAGGCUUUAUUAAAUUUGUACUUCAGCACAUGA